AUGGGUGGAAGACCUUGGCAAUCAAAAGGCUGCCGUGCCUGUAGACGGCGCAAAAUCAGGUGUGAUGGACAGCAGCCAGCAUGUGGAAGGUGCAUUAAGCGUGGCAUUGAGUGCCCUGGAUAUCAAAAGACCCACAUCUUCAACGUCCACCAGGAGACAUUUCGGCAAGGAAAAAAGAUGUCACCACACGAGUUGAUCCGUCACAAUAACCAGGAAAUGGAUUCAUUGAUACUCCGUCGCCCGUCACGUGCGGUUACACCUAUAAUAGCUAUUGAUGCUGCUUCAAUAAACCGAGAUCAGAUCCUCUCUCUAUUUCUCGAUAACUAUUUUCCAGCCUUUCACUCUGAAUCGCCCCACGGAGUUGAACUUUGGCAUUCUCUUUUUGAGGGCUUCUUCAUGCUUCCCAAGAAGACUCAUAUGCUGGACACGGCUAUCACUGCUAUUUCAUGCGUCUAUCUCGGGAAGAUCAAGAAUGACGGUCGGGUCUUCGGGCACGGUCUGCAAUUAUACAAUCGAGCCAUUCAGGACAUGUCGAGCAUGAUAUGCCAGAAUAUCCAUACGGAUGAUAUUAUAUACACUUCGGUCAUCUUUCAGGAAAUCGAGAACUGCCACUUGGCAGAAGUUUCGAAUAAUCUGUUUAACAAUGGGCAGGGGCUUAAGUGA